UCAUAUAUACCACCAAACAUAUCUCUGAUUCCUGCUCUCUCUCUCAGACACGCACACACGCAGAGACAGACCACAUUAAACUUGCGGGGAGUGAAAAUGGCGAGGAAAUGCUCACAUUGUGGGAACAUAGGCCACAAUUCAAGGACGUGCACAUCUACGAGAGGCGCUUUUGUAGGGCUCCGACUCUUCGGCGUUCAAGUGGACAUAUCCUCCUCUUCUGGUCUUGCCAUCAAGAAAAGCUUCAGCAUGGACUCUUUGCCCUCUUCCUCCUCUCCUUCCUCCUCUUUCUCUUCCUCCGAUAGAACCUCCCUCGGCUAUCUCUCCGACGGUCUCCUGGGUCGAGUGCAAGACCGCAAAAAAGGAGUUCCAUGGACAGAAGAGGAGCACCGGGCAUUCCUGGUAGGGCUGGAGAAGCUGGGAAAAGGAGACUGGCGAGGAAUCUCCAGAAACUAUGUCACCUCCAGAACCCCUACUCAAGUUGCCAGCCAUGCCCAGAAAUACUUCCUCCGCCUCGCCACCGUUCACAAGAAGAAGCGACGUUCUAGUCUCUUUGAUAUGGUUGGCAGUGGUCAAGAUCGUCGUCAUCAGAAUAUUGACACUCAUUUGCAGCUGCUCGGCCGUAAAAUGGAAGCCCACAAAUCGUCAGAUGAUAAGCAAAUAGAAGCAAUUACCGACGAUGAUUCUUCUCAGCAACAAGGUGGGAAUGUGUUGAAAUCUUCCAAUGCAGCGCUUGAUCUGGAGCUUACUCUUGCAGCCCCCAAUAACACUGGCCAGCAGCAAACAACCCUUCUCGGUCCAAUCAUCAGCGUCACUUAAUUGAUUAGCUUGAACCAGCUAGCCAUCAGUCUCUUUCAGCUGUUCAUAUCUAUCUUAUAUAUUUGAUGUAUCCUUUUAUCUGUCUUUCUGAUCUAUUACUGACGCGCAAUAUCCGAUAGUUCAGAGAAACAAGUUUUCUCUUUGUGUUAAUUAAUAUUAGGCAUUCAUCCAUCCAUCCAAUAAUCAGCAAAUUAAACUAGCUUAUUCAAGCAUUCCCUUGGUCAUAGACUGUAACUACAUUUGUAUUCAUAUACAACCUAUUACUUGCUCGUC